UUCUGAAAGUCUGCCUUUUCUGUCGUCACUUCCAUUGUCAUAACUUGACUGGGAGCACUAUCGUGCCAGAUAGUGUGACGUAUUUCUCAAACCGGCGAGUGAAUUAGAACUUUCCAGACCGUUUUGUAGUCACUUUCGUUAUCGAGCGGAGAGCCGUCCCACACUGGACACCGGAACGUGGAAGCCACGUCUACAGGAAGCGGCAUUCCACUUCGCUAGCCCUGCUGCGGAAUAGACGGAGCCUUGGUUUAGCUUUAGCUGCUUGGCACCAGCUUGGGUAGUGGCUCUCACCUACUUUCGACGUCAUCGGCAGAGUUGCCUUUAUAACGGUUCUUUACGGAAAAAUAUGGCAGUUCAGAGAAGACUUGACUGGCAAAGCCUCUUGGCCGUGUCGCUGUUCUUGUGGAUCUUAUUGAUGGGCACACACGUCGGGGCUCGGCCGGCCAACAUGUCUGCCUCGAAAGACAAGAGCGCAGCCAACAAGGACGACAAUGAGAUUCUUCCGCCGGAUCACUUGAAUGGCAUGAAGAUGGAGUUGGAUGGCCACCUCAACAAGGACUUCCACCAAGAAGUCUUCUUGGGCAAAGACAUGGAGGAGUUUGACGAGGACUCUGAGCCGAGGCGGAACAGGAAGAAGCUCAUUGACAUCUUUGCCAAAGUGGAUUUCAACAGAGACCACAGUGUGAGUGCCAAGGAGAUGCAGCGCUGGAUUAUGGAGAAGACGGAGGAACAUUUUCAGGAGGCCAUGAAGGAGAACAAGAACAGCUUCCAUGCUGUCGAUCCGGACGGCGACGGUCACGUGACAUGGGAUGAAUACAGAAUCCGUUUUCUUGCCAGCAAAGGUUUCAAUGAAAAGGAAAUUGCAGAAAAAAUCAAGAAUAACGAAGACCUUAAAUUGGACGAGGAAACUCAAGAGGUGCUGGAGAGUCUGAAGGACCGCUGGUUUCAAGCUGACAACCCUCCGGCCGACCAGCUACUCAAUGAGCAGGAGUUCCUGUCCUUCCUGCACCCGGAGCACAGCAGAGGCAUGCUCAAAUACAUGGUCAAGGAGAUCAUGCGUGACUUAGACCAGGACGGCGACCAGAAGCUGACCGUGUCGGAGUUCAUCUCACUCCCUGUGGGUACUGUGGUGAACCAGCAGGGCCAGGAAAUGGAUGACGAUUGGGUCCGCGAGAGGAGGAAAGAGUUUGAGGACGUCAUGGACUCCGACCGCAACGGCAUUGUCACCAUGGAAGAACUGGAGGAGUACAUGGACCCUAUGAACGAGCACAACGCUCUGAACGAAGCCAAACAGAUGAUCGCGGUGGCCGACGAGAACCAGAACCACAAUCUGGAGCUGGACGAGAUUCUCAAGUACAGCGAGUACUUCACGGGCAGCAAGCUGAUGGACUAUGCCAGGAACGUUCAUGAGGAGUUCUGAAGUGGUUGCGCCGUCGACGUAGGCGAUCCAAUACUAAAGCUCGUUUUUACUAUCGACCCGACUUGCCCGGUUUUGUUGUUGCGGACCCACGUGCAGGCAAAGCGGCAGUCCUCUUGAAUGUGUUGCACUACGGUCACAAUUGAUUAGUGUGCUUAGCCCAUUUGCAAUAUGUGUAUAUGAGAAGUAUCCCCGGACGAGACUGAAAGAGCAGCUUGUGAGUGUGUACAGUGUAAAUAUUCAAUAUCACUCGCAUGCAGCAGAGCUACCUUGCUCAUUAGCGGGGGUCCAUUGACAGUAGCUCAAUAAAUAAGAAGACUAAUAUUAAUAUAUGAUGACAAAAGCUCAGGUGUUGAACAAAAAGCUCUUGGGGAUAUCUAGGUCUGCUAAUAGAUUAUUCUUGCCCAAGUAUAUAUUUAUAUGAGCAGCACUGUGUCACAUGCUUAAUAGGUUCAUUUUGUAAUUUUGUCUUUUUUUUUU